CGGGCAGGUUUCGACAUCACGGACCCACGGAACGGCUCCAAGAUUCUCUCGCUACAGCAUCCCUAUCACCAUCAUCCGAACGCCGGUAGCACGCUGGAGGGCAGAACGAUCGAGUACCGGCCCGGUGGCGGGCUGGACUACCACAACUCUCCGCUCAUGGCGGAGAUACCGACCGGUGACUACAGCCACAUCCACCGGUCAAUCGAUCAGCUGCGCUCGAUGAACGAACGGGGCGUGCUGGGACAGCUGAACGCACUGCAGCAUGCCGCGGCCGCCGUUGGCAACGGUACCGACCUUCGAUCGGCACUCGUACACGACUACAAACCGUACAUCAGCGAUCUGCGCGCCAAUGCCACCAACGAUCGGUUGAUCGACUAUGCCGUCGUCCAGAAGCAUCACCACCAUCAUCAGCAGCAGCAGCAGCAACAGCAGCAGCAGCAGCAGCAGCAACAUCAGCAACACCAGCAGCAGCAGAUUCCUCACCAACAGCAGCAACAACCACAGCAACAACAUCAUCAGCACGGCCCGCCACAUCUGCUGGACGAUCGAACAGGCAACAAUAAUAACAACAACAACAACCAUGAAACAGAUCUGCGCAUGGUGGAGGAUCACAAACCUCCACACUACAGUGCCCCGUCCACACCUCCAACGCCCCUAGCGAUCGUUGAGACGCAGAUGGCAGAACCUGUGAAGAGAUAUGGAAAAGGUCGCAAAAAGAUCUUCUCCGCCAAGGCCAACCUGGAGCUGCACGGUGGGUCGCUCCAGAUGCGCGAAACCAAACCGUACAAAUGCACCCAGUGCACGAAGUCGUUCGCCAACUCGAGCUACCUGUCGCAGCACACGCGGAUACACCUCGGCAUCAAGCCGUACCGGUGCGAGAUCUGUCAGCGCAAGUUCACGCAGCUGUCGCACCUGCAGCAGCACAUCCGGACGCACACCGGGGACAAACCGUACAAAUGCCGACAUCCCGGCUGCCCGAAAGCGUUCUCCCAGCUCUCGAACCUGCAGUCCCACUCGCGGUGCCAUCAGACGGACAAACCGUUCAAGUGUAACUCGUGCUACAAAUGCUUCACCGAUGAGGCCUCGCUGCUGGAGCACAUCCCGAAACACAAGGACUCGAAGCACCUGAAGACGCACAUCUGCCAGCUGUGCGGUAAAUCGUACACGCAGGAAACAUACCUGGCCAAGCACAUGCAGAAGCACGCGGAAAAGGAGGAGAAGCGUCGCAACCGGGCGGCGGGUGGUGGUGGCGGCGGUGGAGGUGGUGGAGGCGGUGGCGGCGCUGGGGCGGGUGCGGGCGGUGCCAACUCUGCGGCCGGAUCGGGUGCUGGCGGGAAUAAUAACAACAGCAGCAGUAACGCCAACAGUAACGCAAAUAACAGUGGCGCCGGAAGUCCAAACGGUGCCGGUGCGGCUGGUGCGAAUGCGGCUGCAGUGGCGGCGGUGGCGGAUGCAGCCGCCGUUGGACUGGCGGGCCUGGCCGGGUUGGGUCUGAACCGGAUGGGUGGCAUGGUGGUGGGUAAUGCGGCGGCCGCGGCGGCAGCGGUUGGGCUGGAACACCCGUACUGGCCGAAGGUUAGUCCGGAUUCGGCCGCCAGCUUAGCGGAGGCGAUGCAGCAACAGCAGCAGCAGCAGCAACAGUACGAUUUCAGCAGUAGUGGAGGUGCGAACGGUGGUGGCAAUGCCGGUGGCAACAAUGGUGGCGCGGGCAGUGCAGGUGGUGCGAACAAUGGCGCCGCGAACGAUCCGCAGCAUCAUCGUAACUUGAACGGGAGCAGCAGUUCCGCCAACUCGGCGGACGACGUCGGCGAAGACCUGGUAGUCAUCCGGCACAACUCCCAGCAGCAGGUGCAACAGCAGCAGCAGCAGCAACAGCAGCAGCACGUUAACAACCAAUCGAACUCCUCAUCCGCCUCGAACUCGUCCGCCUUCACGCCCAUCAAUGUGAUGCCGCCGCAUCUGAACAGUCUGGCGGCGGCCCACCAGCAUCACCAGCAGCAGCUGGCCGCCGCCCAACAGCGGGCACCACCCUCGUACCUGUACGAUGCGAUUAGCUUCCAGAAUCAGAAAGCGAUCAAUCAGAAUGCGGCAGCGGUAGCCGCGGCCGCCGCGAACGGAUUCCCGAACCAGCUGAUCUCCCUGCAUCAGAUCCGGAACUACGCGCACCAACCGGGUGGUGGUGGGGGUGGCGGAGGCGGUGGCCUUCUGUCCGGCGAACAUUUGCUAAUGGGUGGCGUUGGCAAGGUGGAAAAAUAGUUCCACGAUGCCACGCCGGGGACACGAUUGUUGUUGGGCGGGCGUGAUCAAGCGUACGGAUGAAUUGUUGCUGUAUGCGGGAUCCUGCUUAAGCUGCAGCGUGUAUGUGUGCUGUGCGUGAUCGUGUGAGCUACAAAAAAUGUAAUUAUAGUGCGAAAGUAUAAAAUGUCACACACACGCACGCCCACACACCCACACACACACACUUGUCUGUAUGAUCGAUCAAGGAGUUUGAUAAAACAAUUGUGGCCGCGUAAAGAAACUUUUAUUUAUCCCUCCUCCGUGCGAAAAAGGAUCUUGUAGGCGAAACAAAAAAAGGGGAUUGAUGGAAAAGAGAGAGAAAGGUCACACGAUGAGAUCGUACAUCGGUAGCGUGUAGGUUGCUUUUGCCUUAGACUUGUUUAAGUUCUAUCCAACACACACACUCUCUCUCUCUCUCGAUCUAUCUGUUUGUCU